UCGCAUUUCAAACCAGCAGCUCAUUUCUCACUUUGUUUACCAAUUUUGAAAAUGGACCUUAAUUUUUAUGUUCUUAACUUUGGUGAGGUAAAUCAGAGAAAAAUGGAGAUACAACAUCCAGGUCAUGAGCAUCCAUUGGUCCUGUUCAAGGGAUCUGAUAUUUUCAUUGAAGGUGUUUGUCACAUAUGCUCUGACGACAUCUUGGAUGCAAUUCACUAUGCCUGUCUUGAGUGCAACUAUUACCUUCACUUUCCAUGUGCUGUACCAUUCUUGCGCGAGAUCGAACACCCUUUUCAUCCUCAUGAUUAUUUACGUCUGAUUUCUUCUGAUGUUAAGCGAUUUGGCCUCCGGUGUAGAAUUUGUAACACGAAAUUCGAUAGUUCCUUCUUUUACGUGUGUCAUGGUUGCAAAUCUGUUGUCUGUAUAUAUUGUGUUCUAAGAACGCCCACUGCAACAUGUGAAAACAAAGACAAGGGUUGGGAUCAACCUUUUUGUCAUAAGCAACCGAUGGAAGUUUUAGGGGUCAAGAAAUAUGAUGUAGAUGAAGCUAUGAUCAAGUGCUAUUUAUGUGAGUUAUCUUUAUCAAGUAGCACUAGUCAAGCCUAUAGUUGCAAAAUAUGCAAAUAUUUCUUUCACAAAUCAUGUCUUGAGUUACCUUCUAAGCUAAGGCAUCCCUUUCAUCUAAAGCAUUCUUUGAUUCUUAAAGUAGUUGGGGCAAAUGCAGACAAUACUAGAUGCCAUUUAUGUGACAAAACAUGUGUCAACUUCAUCUUUGCUUGUCCUCUAUGCCACUUUUAUGUGUGUGUAAGAUGCUUGUCUUCGAGACCAACUAUAAUGUAUCAAGGUCACAAUCACCUCCUAUAUCUUGUAGACAAAUUAGCUUAUAAAGAUGACACCAUUAGAUGUUGCAGUGCCUCUUAUACCUAUUGUCAGCCAUUGGUGAGUGCCCCUAAUGAACUUGUCCAUACUGAACGUUACUUAUUUUUUUGUGAAAAUUGUAACUUCAGCGUGCAUUUGCUUUGCGGUCCAUUGCCAUGUGUCAUUAAGCAUAAUUGUCAUCUUCAUCCACUUAUACUUUUUGAGUCAAUCGUUGAAGAUUAUUCGGGUGAAAACUAUUGUGAUGCUUGCGAGACGGAAAGAGAUCCACGAAUUUGUGUAUACUAUUGUGAACAGUGCAAAUAUAUUGCUCAUGUCCAUUGUGUGUUAUCUGAGGUUGUACGUGCACUACAGGGAGAUUGUAGAGAUGUCGAUCUUCGGAUUGUGAAACAAAUGAAGUUGGUUACAAAAACAGAUCACCAUGAUGAUACAAUGCUUGAGAAUGAAAGAAGGAACAUUGAAGAGUCAAAAGAGAAAGAGAAGCAGAAACCUAUAUUGUUAUCUAUUAUUCUUUCAGCAGAAAAGGAUUUGGGUGUUGAUGCUAAUUUGGAAUUUAGGAUAGACGAGGAAGAGGAAAACGAAGUUAACAAUGAGAUAGAGGGAAUUAGCGAAAGUGAAAAGUACCGGAGAGGGUUGUGCAUAAUGUAUUUGUUAAUCGAAAAAAAUAGAUACAUUGUAGAUCAAAAAAGCAAUUUAGCUAAAGGAGAAGAUGAUGAAGAUCAACAAAUUGAAAAAAGAAUCCAAGAGUUUUCCUCCGAUAAGAGUUUUGAAGAGCUCCUUAAUAAGCUUAACAACUUCGAUUAUCCUACAAGGUGGAGUAAAGUAACGCUCAAAGAGUUGAGAUUGGAGCUUGUGAAUGUUGGAUAUUAUAAGAUACCUUGGAAUUUGGCUCAUGUUCUUAAACAUCUACUUGCCAAGUAUGGAGAUAUUAGUGGUGAUGAUCAAAAAACAAGUAAGCUUAAGCCAGAUACUAAAAGUCUUAUUUACUUCCUUUUAUGUAGACUCUUACAUGGCAUGUCAAGAAUAAUGCUUGUUGAUGUAACUGAAAAUCUUCUUGGAGAUUGGUAUUCUUGCCUCCGAUUAUUGAAAUCUAAAGGAUUUAAAGUUGAGUUUAUCAAUUCUGCUCUUGAACAACUUGUACAUGCUUAUAUUGGUUUUCGAACAAAUAGAGAUGCUAUCAAGACAAAAAUAAACCAAAAGAUUUUAGAUCUAGAACAUAAUAUUGCAAAAUUAGAAGCUAAGCUGAAGAAGUAUAAGGAAUAUCGUGACAUAUGUGAUAGACAUGCCAUUUUUAGUUGUCGUGAUGGAGGCUCUAAAAAAACCAAUUACUCAAUGGAAGAAGAAUAUUUGAACGGGGCUUCGAAAAUGAAGUGGAAAAUUGUGGCGGAUUAUUUGGGGUUGAGCUGAUUCAAACUCGAGAACAGUAUCACGUGAGAAAAUAAUGGUUUUGUCGCUCGACUUUUCCUUAGAGAUGGCUUAUUGUUGUACAAAUACAAUAAUUACAUAUGGUCCUGUAUAAAAUAUA